AUGCGUAAAUAUGCGUCGCAGCAUGCAGUAAAAAACGAUCUUGAAAAAAAAGUUUUUUAUUUAGUUUUCUUUUGGUUUGAACAGAAACCUCAAUCAUCUCUCGCUCAGCUCAACAUCGUUACAUAUUUUAAGGAAAUUAAUAACCAACAAUUGUUCUAUAAAUUUCCUCAUGUUCCAGCUGUUUUAAAUAUAUUAGAAGAUUUAAAAGAUAAGCGCUUGUCGACAUGA